AGAGAUGAAACUCCGCAAUCGCAAAGAGUACUUUUAGUGUAAAAGAGUGUAAAUAAAGUGCAUAACCAAAAAUCCAAAAUGAAGUCGAGUUUUUCAAUUUUGUGCAUAAUUGUGGCAUUUUUUUUCUGUUUCGUUGGAAUGAUCAAUGCUGACAUCAGGCCAGUUCCUGGCGAUUGUACUAAAUAUCAACUUUGCGAUGGAAGUGGAUGCUUCGUCCAAACUUGUGGGAUUGGUACUGAGUUUAAUCCUAGAAUUAAUGUGUGUGAUUAUCCUCUGAUGGAUCGAUCUGACUGCGGUAAUCGUGGUUGAAUAUUUAGAAGUUUCUUAAACUAUAACAAUAUUUAUAUUUAAUUGAUAUACAAAUAAACGACUAAAAAAGUU